UGCGCAGUGCCCUUGGGCUUCACACACCUCUGUCGCGCUCAGCAAAACACAGGAUCUGAUUCCCAAAAUGGUGAGCAUCAAGGCGGUUCUGAUAGUGUGCGUUUUGGUGGCCGCGGUGGCUGUUUCUCCCGCCGAUGCUGUUCCAACGAGACACAGUAAGCCCCGUCCUCAGCCUCUGCCCAGGCCAGGAACGUGCCCAGAUACGAGCGGCAUCAUCACCACGUGCGAGGUGACAGAACGCAACUGUUUCUCGGACAGCCAGUGCGGACCCGGCCAGAAGUGCUGUCCGCUAGGCUGCGGGAGAGAGUGCCUGGCUGUGGGUCCUCCCUACGGAAAAGGAAGGUGGUAAGAGGGGGUCGAAGAUUCAUGCAGAGAACGCCAUCGCGAUUGGCUCAGAGUCUCCCUGGAAAGGUUACUGAAGUGUGUUGAUUCGUUGCAAAUGAAACUGUAUUGUUUA